AUGUACGACUCAUACCGCCCCCACCUCCUCCUGGCCCAGGUGCCUCUAACCGUUUCGCCCUUCAUCAACCUCCCCGCCUCAGUCACUCUGCCCUAUACCUACAAAUCAGUUCCUUCCACUCUCCCCCAAUCAGUCCUGGUAGAUCCAGCCAACCCAGAUUCCAAACCUCGAUACGUCCUCUCGCCCAGCGGCGAACAUGCAGCUCAUCCAGAUGAGAUCCUCGCUGCCUGCCAGUCUCUCGAACAGCACUUGAAGAAGACCCGCACCGACGCAGAGGGUGCUAUUAAAGCUUGGGAGGAAUCUAUCCGGCAACGGGAACUUGCAGAAAAGCGCCGUGUUGCACCGGGAUGGCUAGAUCGAGAUGAGAAGUUACUGCAACCGAGCAGAGCGGCAGGGUCUUCUGUAUCAAAGGCUGACGAGGGUGGAAGUCUGUUGGAUAGCACUUCCGCUGACCAAGGGUCGUCUACCCUGCCAGCUAUGGUGCCGCGGGAUGAAGGUGAGGAAUUGGAUCGAGCAUUUGGUGGGCUGGGUGUGAAAUGA